AUGGCUCUAAUACUGUUAACUCGUCCUGUCUUUGACUUUGUAUGCAGGCCAAUGAGGAUUCUUGUUUCUUACUCCACUAGUGAUAAAAGGGCACUGACUUUGCCUGAUGAAAAGGAAUUCAAAACCACACCAGCUCUUCCACCACUGCACAUGGACACUCACAAACUUGUGACUGAUCUCACCUCGGCAGGGUAUAACCAGUCUCAAGCUGAAGCUGCUGUGACUCUUUUCAGGACGAGUAUUCAGAGCACAGUUUCAACCAUCAUUGCUGAACACGUGAAGAGGCAUGAACUGGAUAUCCUAAGUUUGCGACUAAAAGGUGACGUCGAAUCAAUCAGAAGCAACAUGGUGCUUAUUGAGAGAAGUGUGGUGGGCUCCCUAAGGAAAGACAAUGAAGCACUGAAGGGACAGAUAGAGAAGCUAAUGGCUGGUUUUAAAGAGGAAGUUGUCAAGGUUCAGUCUGGACUUAGUUUGGAUCUUAAUCUGGAAAAGAGCAGAAUUAAGGAAGAGUCCACAGGUCUAAAGCAACUGAUCAAAGAUACCAACAACACCAUAGAAAAAGAGCCUUUCCAUAGGUUGCACAACUCAAGACACAAAUUGAGUCGCAAAAAUUGGAAUCUAUCAAGUACUUGGCUGGUGGGAUAUUUUCUAUGGUGACAAUUAUGCUGUCUGUAGUGUUGGGCUUAUGGAGGCUGCUAGGAAAGUAACAGACGAUAAGGAUAUUAUUAUUGCCGUGUCAUGCUAUUAUUUAUUAUUACUUAGAUCAACAUUUGCAAUUA